AUGCCGGUUAUGAAAGGAUUACUGGCGCCACAGAACACCUUCCUGGACACUAUUGCCACCCGUUUCGACGGAACACAUAGCAACUUCAUCCUGGCCAAUGCUCAAGUGGCAAAGGGUUUCCCCAUAGUCUACUGUUCAGAUGGCUUCUGUGAGCUGGCCGGGUUUGCACGAACUGAAGUCAUGCAGAAGAGUUGCAGCUGCAAGUUUUUGUUUGGGGUGGAGACGAACGAGCAGCUGAUGCUUCAGAUAGAAAAGUCCUUGGAGGAGAAAGUAGAGUUCAAAGGAGAGAUUAUGUUCUACAAGAAGAACGGGGCCCCGUUUUGGUGCCUAUUGGAUAUCGUUCCUAUAAAGAAUGAGAAAGGGGAUGUAGUCCUUUUCCUGGCCUCAUUCAAAGAUAUAACAGACACUAAAGUGAAGAUUACUUCAGAAGAUAAAAAAGAAGACAGAGUCAAAGGAAGAUCAAGAGCAGGGAGCCACUUUGACUCAGCCCGGAGACGGAGCAGAGCCGUCCUUUAUCACAUCUCAGGACACCUGCAAAGAAGAGAAAAGAACAAACUGAAAAUAAAUAAUAACGUGUUUGUAGAUAAACCAGCGUUUCCAGAAUAUAAGGUUUCUGAUGCAAAAAAGUCCAAGUUCAUCCUGCUGCAUUUCAGCACUUUCAAGGCUGGCUGGGACUGGCUCAUUUUGCUGGCAACGUUUUAUGUUGCCGUGACAGUCCCUUACAAUGUGUGCUUCAUUGGCAAUGAGGAUCUGUCCACAACUCGGAGCACAACGGUCAGUGACAUUGCAGUGGAGAUUCUUUUCAUUAUAGAUAUUAUUCUUAAUUUCCGAACAACUUAUGUCAGCAAGUCUGGCCAAGUUAUCUUUGAAGCGAGAUCCAUUUGCAUCCACUAUGUCACCACCUGGUUCAUCAUUGAUCUGAUUGCCGCCUUGCCCUUUGACCUCCUGUAUGCUUUCAAUGUAACAGUGGUGUCACUCGUUCAUCUCCUGAAGACUGUAAGGCUGCUGCGCCUUUUGCGCCUCCUGCAGAAGCUGGACCGUUAUUCUCAGCACAGCACAAUCGUCCUCACCCUGCUCAUGUCCAUGUUUGCUCUCCUUGCACACUGGAUGGCAUGUAUCUGGUAUGUCAUUGGAAAAAUGGAGAGGGAGGACAACAGCCUUCUCAAGUGGGAAGUCGGUUGGCUUCAUGAGCUGGGAAAGAGACUGGAAUCUCCGUACUAUGGCAACAAUUCGCUGGGGGGCCCAUCCAUCCGAAGUGCCUAUAUCGCAGCCCUGUACUUCACUCUCAGCAGCCUCACGAGCGUUGGGUUUGGGAAUGUGUCUGCUAACACAGAUGCAGAGAAGAUCUUCUCCAUCUGUACCAUGCUGAUUGGUGCCCUGAUGCAUGCCUUGGUAUUUGGGAAUGUGACUGCCAUCAUACAGAGGAUGUACUCUAGAUGGAGUCUGUACCACACUAGAACCAAGGACCUAAAGGACUUCAUCCGUGUGCAUCACCUGCCCCAGCAACUCAAGCAGAGGAUGCUCGAGUACUUUCAGACAACUUGGUCAGUCAACAAUGGAAUAGAUUCAAAUGAGCUUUUGAAAGACUUUCCAGAUGAACUGCGCUCUGACAUCACUAUGCAUCUGAACAAGGAGAUCUUACAGCUGUCCCUGUUCGACUGUGCAAGCCGGGGCUGCCUCAGGUCUCUGUCUCUCCAUAUUAAAACCUCCUUUUGUGCUCCAGGAGAAUAUCUGCUGCGCCAGGGGGAUGCCUUGCAGGCCAUCUACUUUGUGUGCUCAGGCUCCAUGGAGGUUCUUAAAGACAGCAUGGUGUUGGCUAUCCUAGGGAAGGGAGAUUUAAUUGGAGCAAAUUUAUCAAUUAAAGACCAAGUGAUCAAGACCAACGCUGAUGUGAAGGCGCUGACCUACUGUGAUCUACAGUGCAUCAUCCUGAAAGGUCUCUUUGAGGUGCUGGGCCUUUACCCAGAGUAUGCACACAAAUUCGUUGAAGACAUCCAGCAUGACCUCACAUACAAUCUGCGAGAGGGUCAUGAGAGUGAUGUGAUAUCAAGAUUAUCGAACAAAUCUACAGUCUCACAGGCAGAGCCCAAGGGGAAUGGAAGCAUCAACAAAAGACUCCCAUCCAUUGUGGAAGAUGAGGAAGAGGAAGAAGAGGUGGAGGAAGAAGAGACCACUGCCCUUUCUCCCAUCUACACAAGGGGAUCUUCUAACUCACAUAGCAAAAAGACUGGAAGCAAUAAGAGCUAUCUAGGUUUGAGCUUAAAGACACUGGCCUCAGGAACAGUCCCAUUCCACUCACCUAUCAGAGUCUCCAGCUCUAACUCGCCUAAAACCAAGCAGGAGACUGACCUACCUAACCAUGGCAGAAGGAAAGAGAAGAACCUGAAAGUCCAGCUUUCCAGCCUGGGUACUGCUGGAACCCCAGAGCUUAGUCCAAGGAUUGUUGAUGGAAUUGAAGAUGGUAGCAGCAGUGAGGAGACUCAGACUUUUGACUUUGGCUCUGAACAGAUCAGGCCAGAGCCCAGGAUGUCCCCUCCCCUUGGAGAAUCAGAGAUCGGAGCUGCGUUUCUGUUCAUCAAGGCUGAAGAAACCAAGCAGCAGAUAAACAAGCUCAACAGUGAGGUCACAACAUUGACUCAGGAAGUUUCCCAGCUAGGGAAAGACAUGAGAAGCAUCAUGCAACUUCUGGAAAACAUCUUGUCACCUCGGCAGCCAUCACAAUUUUGUUCUCUACACUCCACCCCAAUGUGUCCUUCCAGAGAAAGUUUACAGACUAGGGUGAGCUGGAGUGCUCACCACCCUUGCCAACAUUUGCAGGCAGGUGGAGCACAUCUUUAUCAUGGUAAUGUCACCUCUGGUAUCUGGAGUGUCGAUCCAUCCUUGGUGGGGAGCAGCCUUCAACGAACUGAAGCUCAUGAACAAAACCCAGCAGACAGUGAACUGCAUCAUUCUCCAAUCCUGGAUUAUUCCCCCUCCCACUGCCAGGUUAUCCAAGAAGGCCACUUGCAGUUCCUAAGGUGCAUCUCCCCCCAUUCAGAUACCACACUGACACCUUUGCAGUCCAUCUCAGCCACUCUCUCAUCUUCUGUAUGCUCCUCAUCAGAAACAUCCUUGCAUCUGGUUCUCCCAAGUAGGUCAGAGGAGGGCAGCAUCACUCACGGACCUGUGAGUUCUUUCAGUUUGGAAAACUUACCAGGCUCUUGGGACCGAGAAGGAAUAAUGUCAGCCUCUACAGAACCCUUGGAGAACUCUCCAGUAGAAGUUGUCACAAGCACAGCGGAUGUAAAGGACAGCAAAGCCAUAAACGUAUAA